GGUGAGAAAAAAUUAAGUAAAGAACAGAGCAUCCAUGCUAGCGUGAGGACAGGCGGCAACAGGAUUGCACACCAGCCUACCCUCCUCCAAGCUGCAACAUCUCUUCUCUUCGUCUGUCUUCUCCCAGACGACCAUAUCAGCAAUAGGAACGGAGGGAGUACAAUAGUAAUCUACCGUCCUGCGGAGGAUAUCGACCCAAAAUCGUUUGAUCAAGGAGUACCACCGCAGAAAAUUGAGGAGUACCAAGUUUUAAGGGGUAUAAUGCAUAUAUGUAGGUGUCGGCUUCCACGCCUUCUGCAUAUAGAGUUUAGUGGGAAAGGACAGAAAACGCAAGCAUGACUCAUGCUCAUUCAAAAUCCUACUUCCACAAAUUCUGGAAUGGGCUUCAAUUCAAUGGGAGCAACGACAGCUUCUCCAUCGAGUUACUGCCAUCUCUUGGUGCAACUAUAAACCACUGCAAUAAGUUGCAAAAGUUCAUCAUAUCACCUUAUGAUCGCCUCUAUAAAUCCUGGGAGCUGUUCCUUAUAGUCCUAGUUAUUUACUCCGCCUGGAUUUGCCCAUUUGAACUAGCAUUCUUGAGGGACUUGCCCUCUAAGCUUUUGCUGCUUGAGAACAUUGUCAACAGCUUCUUCGCCAUCGAUAUUGUUUUGACAUUCUUUGUAGCUUACGUUGACAGCAAAACACAUCUCCUUGUGGACAAUCGAAAGAGGAUUGCAGUAAGGUUUGUAUCUGGUUCAUGGUUGUUUCAUCUUAUUGCAGAACAUUAUCUGGUCCAUUUGUUACUCAAAAGCCCCAAACUAUUCUAUUCUGACAUUGACACAAUAUGGUUCUCUAGGUACCUAUCAACUUGGUUCAUCUUUGACGUAUGUUCAACAGCUCCAUUUCAACCAAUCAUCCUUCUAUUUACGCACAAGGGAAAUGACCUUGCUUUUAAGAUGCUCAAUAUGCUUAGGUUGUGGCGUCUUCACAGAGUCAGUACAUUGUUUGCUAGGAUGGAGAAGGAUAUCCGAUUUAACUAUUUCUGGACUAGGUGCUCAAAGCUUAUUUCUGUCACCCUGUUUGCAGUGCAUUGUGCGGGAUGCUUCAACUAUAUGCUUGCUGACAGAUAUCCCUACCCAGAGAAUACAUGGAUUGGUGCUGUGAUGCCUACAUUCAGAUCAGAAAACUUAUGGACCAGAUAUGUUACUGCUCUUUACUGGUCCAUUACAACACUUACAACAACGGGAUAUGGGGACCUACAUGCUGAGAACCCAAGAGAGAUGCUCUUCGAUAUUGUCUACAUGUUGUUUAAUCUGGGUUUGACAGCUUAUCUAAUUGGGAAUAUGACCAACCUGGUUGUACAUGGCACCAGCCGCACCCAGAAAUUUAGGGACUCAAUCCAAGCGGCUUCGGAGUUCGCAGCACGGAAUCAAUUGCCUGUGAACAUAAAGCAACAAAUGCUAUCUCAAAUCUGCCUACAGUUCAAGACAGAAGGCCAUAAUCAGCAGGCCCUGUUAAAUGGUCUCCCAAAAGGAAUCCGUUCAAGCAUAGCAUACAACUUAUUCUUCCCAAUCAUUCGACGAGCCUACCUCUUCCAUGGACUAUCCAACAGUUUUAUUGCAGAACUGGUCAUGGAAGUGCAGGCUGAGUAUUUUCCACCAAAGGAAGAUAUAAUAUUGCAGAACGAAGGGGCAUCAGAUGUUUAUGUAAUAGUUUCAGGAGCAGUGAAUAUGGUAACAACGAUAAAUGGGAACGAGCAGGUGUUUAUGAAAGUUACAGAGGGAGAUAUGUUUGGAGAGGUUGGUGCUCUAUGUAACAUACCCCAGCCAUUUACUUUCCGCACAACUGAACUAUCACAACUCUUGCGAAUAAGCAGGACAAGACUUAUAGAAGCCAUUCAAAAGCACAGGGAAGAUAGUAAUUUUCUAAUGAACAAUCUAUUCCAGAGAAUGAAACUACAGGAAAAUGUACCUGAAGUGAAUCAACUAGACCGAAGAUUCUUGAGCAAGUAUGAUCUAUUUCAUAUUCCCCGAGAAGAACAUAUGUUACCAUGGUCACACCUACAUUACACAGGACAUAAAAGUAUGGGUUUAGGUAACAAGGUUUCAAUAUUUGGAGAUGAUACUGAUUCAACAAAGUUACCUGAAGAAGAGCCACAACAAGAAAACAUCUAUAACAAGUCAAAUUGCAAGUAUAGAAUAUCAGAUGGAACCAUGGACAAAGAAGAGGAUCUCAACGAGGUUCAUAUAAGCUGUGAGAAAAAAACAAGUGCUGAAGAGUUUUGUAUUAAAAUAAAAUCUGAAGGCAGCAAUGCGGCAAGCAGUUGGCAAACAAUAAAUACAAAAAUGCAGCCGUGUUCUCCCGACAGGGCAUCCGGAAACAUAGGAAAGAGCAGAUAUGUAGAUUAUAAUUGCAUAAAAGAAGCCAACAGAAGAGUUACAAUUCACAUGUAUCCUCAAAAUGCAAGAGGUUCUACAGUACAGAAUGGGAAGCUAAUCAACCUGCCUGGUUCAUUAGAGGAGCUUAUCAAAAUAGGCAGGCAAAAGUUUCCAGGUUUCCAUCCUACAAAAGCGGUCAGUAGAGAUUACGCUGAAAUAGAUGAUAUUGGUGUCAUCCGAGAUGGCGACCACAUAUUCUUUCUCGACAUGUAAAAAAGUAUAGCACAUAGCAACCUGACCAGACAAAUCAUAGAGCUUUAAGUGCUCCAAUCUGGGAAAAGUAAUGGAUGCCGAGGGCUUGCAAUUGAAGAAAUGAAUAGGAAGGGCAUUGUGUACAAAUAGUUUUGAUCGUUACUAACAUGAUGUAAAUGCCCGCCAUUGUAGAAUAAACAGUCAUGAAAGCAUGUGGGAAAAAGCAGUUGCCUCA